AUGGGCUCCUUCGCCAAACUGGCUUUCGGCGUGCUAGCCAUCUCUUUCAUGGUCUUUGUGACCUUCUUCGGCCGACUGCCUGCUCUCAGACACACACCAAUCGCUUGGUUGUACCGUGUAAUAUGGGUAACCAUCCCGCGUGCCUUUCAGCGUCUUGACUCCCGAUUCUUCCACGGUCGAAUCUCCUCCUCCGUCUCCCGCUUCACGAAUUACAUGAUGUACGACCGGCACCCAACCGUGCUCGUAUUCUUCCUCGUCCUACUCGUCGGCGGCGAGUACCUCUAUCUUCCGGUAGUCUGGCCCCAAAUAAGCACUCUCACCAAAGUAACCGGUACUAUCUCGAUCAUUCUCCCCUACCUCUUCCUCUACCUCUCCGCCUUCUCCGAUCCAGGCUACAUCACCUCUGCCAACCAUGCUUCCGAAAUGGCGCGCUACCCCUACGACUUCACCCUCUUCCAUCCAGGCUACACCUGCUCAACGUGCACUUUCCUCAAGCCCGCUCGCUCCAAGCACUGCCGCGUCUGCAAGCGCUGCGUCGCCCGCGCCGACCACCACUGCAUCUUCAUCAACAACUGCGUCGGUGCCAAGAACUACCACUGGUUCCUUCUGCUCCUCCUCACAACCGCCAUUGUGACGCUCUACGGAGGACUCCUCGGCAUGAGCAUCAUGACCUUCCACAUCCGGCGUCGUUUCCCUGAGUUCUCUCUCCUCCCUUGGAGGGCAAACCGCGGCCGGGGCAUGACCCUGUCGCGCUGGCUGCUAGCCUGGAGUUGGGGGUUUAAUGCGACCGCUGGUCCCUACGCAAGCAGUACCGAUGGGAUACUGAUGAGCGCCGUGACACUGCUCGCGCUGAUGACGACGCCGCUGGUCUGGGGCCUGUUGGGCUAUCACCUGUGGCUGGUGUACAGCGGGACGACGAUCAAUGAGAGCAUGAAGUGGAGCGAUUGGCAGGCGGAUAUGGAUGAAGGGACUGUGUUUAAGAGGAGGUUUGAUGCGGCUGGGAGGGCGAAGAAUUUGCAGAUCGAGCCCGCGUGGACGAGGUGGCCUGUUGAGGCCGAGCAGGUGCUCGUAAGGAGUGGGGAUGGGUUGCCGCCGGGGAAGGAUGAGACAAGGUGGCCCGGUCAAGGGCCGUGGAAGAGGGUGAGGAAGUUGAGGGAGGUGGAGAAUUUGUAUGACAUUGGGUUGUGGGAUAAUUUGCUGGAUGUGUUUGUGCCGGGGUUUAUGUUUCGUGAUCCGCAGGUGCCGGCGGCAGAGAGUAAGACAAGAGGGAGGAAGAAACGAAGAGCAAAGAGGAUAUACCUUGCGUAG